UUCCCGGGGAAAACAAACCAAGAUUUUUUGUGUACACACCACGGAGAGUGACUUGAUUAGAGUACAGAUUUGGAUAAUAAUUUGCAGUGUAAAUAGUAUCAAUCAAGAUUUUGACGUCUAGAGUUGUUUAAAACGUUAUUUUGUGUGCCACAAAUAAAUAAACAUGGCCGAAAAGCUUGAAGACCUAAAUCUGCCAAAUGCCGUGGUCACGAGGAUAGUGAAAGAGGCCUUGCCUGACGGCGUGACAGUGGCCAAGGAGGCUCGUGCAGCAGUCGCCAAGGCUGCCUCGAUAUUCAUCCUGUACUUGACCUCGUCUGCGAACAUGAUCGCCAAAAAGAGCAAUCGCAAGACUGUCAGCGGACCCGACGUCAUACAGGCCAUGGAGGAGAUCGAGUUCGAGCAGUUUAUUGAGCCACUGCAGGAAGCCCUCGAGAACUUUAAGAAGAAUCAAAAGGAGAAGAAGGACGCUUCUACUAAAAAGAAGCAGCAGCAAAAAACGGACGAGAAAGACGGUGAUAAGGAUGAUGACGAUGUAGUGGAGUUGCCGGAUGAUGAGUGAUAGUGCAAA